AUGAGUGAUCGAAACACUGAAUAUGUUCUUGUACGAAAUCCAAAACCAAAAAAAACAAGACAGUAUUAUUAUGAUGACGAUCCUAAUGAUGAUGAUGAUGAUGAUAAUGAUUCACAAAUAUAUGGUCGAUUAGUUUCAAUAAAACCACGUAGAGAACAACGUAUUAAAUAUAUUUCAAAUGAUGAAAAUGAUUACGAUUAUCGAAGUCGAAUACGUGAUCCUAAAAUACGAACACGAAAAAAAACAAAUGGUAAUCAAAUUAUAAUUGAUGACGAUGAUAGUAUAAUAAAAAUAAUACGUAAUAGUCGUACACCUUCUCCAUUACCUAUUGAACAUCGACGAUUGAGAUCCCGUCCUCGUGAAUCUCAGCCAAUCUUUUAUGAAAUAUCUUCUGAUCGUUUAGCUUCACGUCCAUUAAAGAAAAAUACUUUACGAACAAAAAAAACUCAGGUUGUUUAUGCUGAUGAUGAACCAAUAAGAGUUAUUAAGAAAGUUAUUAUUGAUCCUCGAACAGGUGAUCGUGAAACAAUUUAUGAAAACGAUAAACCUAAAAAACAACAAAAAUAUUAUAUGCAACAACGUCCAGCUGAAAUAUUAAUAGAUUCUGAUGACGACGAUGAACAACAAAAAACACAAUAUGUCAAAUUAUCAAAACGUCGAACUGUUUCAACAGAAGUAUUGCCAAGACGUGAACCAUCGCCAAGAUAUAUUAUGAUUAAAAAAGGAGUUGAUCCCGAACCUGUUUAUGUUUCAACAUCAAAAAUGCCAUCAAUAAAAACCAAUCGUCGAGUUGUAUAUGAAGUACCAGCUAAAAAAUCAUUAACAACUUAUGUAUAUUCAUCCGAUGGAAAAUAUUAUAAAUAA